UUCACAACGGUUCCCAGAGUAAAGAAAGAGGAAGUGAAGGUCUGUUCAGAACAAAAUAGGAUGUGGAUAAGGAGGCAGUGAUUACUGCUAAAUCUGAGACACAGGGUUUAUUACACAGAGAUUAGUACUGUCUAAGGGGGCAACCAGCAUAAAUAGUCAUCUUUCCACUAUCGUUCUUGAACCCAACUCAAGAGAGAAAGGAGGAACUCAAAGAUGAAGGUCCAGGUAUUCGCUUGUUUUCUCCUCAUCUGCCUGAUCUCCCUGCACGGCCUCUCUUCUGCUCAAGGGAAUAUAGGCAGCUUUAAUGGCAACACUGCAGGGAACAGCAGUUUCAACAACAAUGAUGGAAAUGUAGGCCGCUUGAAUGGGUACACUGGAAGGGAAAACAGCUUCAACAACAACACGGGAACAAUCCCUGGGUCUUCUAGAGGAAAUAUAGGUAGCUUUAAUGGCAACACUGUCGGAAUCAACCGCUUUAACAGAACUGGAAACUUCACUAAGGGUCGUAAAGGAAAAUUACAGAGGAUUUUUGGAAACAUGAGAGGACCCAACAGGUUCACAAAACAUGGGAACCGCAGUUGUGGAGGAAUAAGUAUCAAGCAAACAGGAACUGGGCGAGAGAGUUUCAUUGACAACAGAGGAGGAGCCAACAGCUUCAAAAACAAUGGCAACACAAGUUAUGGUUGUAAGAACAUAGCCAGCUUUAUUGGCAACAGAGGAGGAGCCAACAGCUUCAACAACAAUGGAAAUGCCGGUAGCUUUAACCAGAACGAGGGAGGCGACAACAGCUUCAGCAACAAUGGAAAUGGCCCUAGUGGUGGCAAACCCUGGUGGGGAUUUGGAUACCCCUGGUGGGGAUAUGGACCCCCCCAAAUUGGUGGAGGAGGAAAUGCAGGCAGCUUUAACCAGAACGAGGGAGGUGACAACAGCUUCAGCAACAAUGGAAAUGGCCCUAGUGGCGGCUACCCCUGGUGGGGACUUGGACGCCCCAACAUUGGUGGAGGGGGAAAUGCAGGCAGCUUUAACCAGAACGAGGGAGGAGAUAACAGCUUCAGCAAAAAUGGAAACGGCCCUAGUGGCGGCAAUGCUAACAGCUUCAAUGGGAACAAGGCUGGCUCCGGCAGCUUCAGCAACAAUGGCAAUGGCAAGUGAACCCCAUAUCUGGUAUUCGACAGCCAGAAACCUACUGCAAAGAAAGUCCAGAUGUCCUCUACCCUGCUAUUCUCCACUUUAUGAAAUCCGUUCCCUCUUGAAUGAUAUCUAUAGGAGAUGAGCCUUUCACUGCUUCUGAUGUCCCCCAUAAGUCCCAUUUGCAAAUAAAGCAACCUGACUUCUCAA